UUCAUAUUCCCCUCAGAAAAUCAAAUCAAUCCCCCGAAAAGGGUCCACCUCAAAUCCCAAUAAUUUCGGUCGCCCCAAGUCUUCUUCCUGCCAAAAAAAUCCCUUUAACUAAUCAACGUCGACAGACUAAUCGCAUAAUCCUCCACCAUCUCCUCCACCAGCAGCCUUACCCAUUUGACACCUCAUCCACCACCACCAGCCGCCCUUAUAGACUCUCUCUCUCUCUCUCUCUCUCUAAAACCUCCCCCGAAAGUUCCCAAAUUCCAUAAUACCCACUUGUCGGCGGUAGCAGAUCUACAAAACCCACUAAUUAUUCUCCACCCCCUCCCCCCGCUUUUUUGGACUUUUUUCACACUGUCCGUUUUUAGCAAUCAUGGACUCGUCAGAGCAGCGCCGCAAGCGGAAGCGCAUGGGGCGGUCCUACUUACAGGCGAAGCAGUACUUGUCACUGAGACGACCCUUGGUGCUCUGCUUCUCGUUCUUUAUCUUCCUUCUGUUCGUAUCCUCCGGCCGCUUCCGCCCGGCGUCGUUUCGGCCAGUCCUAACCGCCUCCUCCACCACCCUCUCCCUCCUCUCCUCUACCGCCAGCAACUCGAUACUCGAGUCCUUCGCUGCCCACAGUAAGCACAGCAAAGAGUCGCCGCCGUCGUUUCGAGUCCAAGAUCGAAUCUUGUUUCCCGAUCACGUGCUUCUCAUUGUGCCCAAUCGGUUCCGCCAAAACGACGAGUUGGAGUGCGUUUACCACAAGCGUUUCAACGGUUCGUAUGACGACAUUCUUGAAGAUAAAGAAAAGAAUCAGCACCUGGAUUUUGCGGUUCGACCGGUUUUAUCCACCGACAGCUACGAUGACUUCCGGUCCAUCGUCCGGUGUCCGCUGCCGCCGCUCAAUUUCUCCACAGCCGUUGAUUUGCGACGACGCGGCAGUUAUGAUACGACUGCUGCGACAAACGGCACGGCUUCUCCAUGGAACAAGGUGGUUUAUGAGGCGGUUAUUGACGGAGACACGGCGGUUGUGUUCGUUAAGGGGCUGAACCUCCGACCGCACAAGAAUUCGGAUCCAACCCGGCUCAGUUGCCACUUCGGAUUGGGGAAUUGGGACAAAGACAAAGAACAAAGCGGCUUUGUGCUCACCACCGAAGCCGUCACCGCCGCUCAGGAAGUCGUCCGGUGCCUCCUCCCCCGCACUAUCCGUAACCAUCCGGAUAAGGCCCACGGAAUCCGGGUCACUAUCGGAUACAACACCGGCCACCCCAGAGCUCCAGUCCACGUCACUCUGCCUUCUGUGGCCACAAUUCACAAUUCCAAAUCCCAUCCAGUCCAAUCCAAUCCGAAGAAGCAUGAGCUUUGUGUGUGCACAAUGCUGUGGAACCAAGCACCGGCGAUCAAAGAGUGGAUUAUGUACCACUCGUGGCUCGGCGUCGAGCGGUGGUUCAUCUACGACAACAACAGCGACGACGGGAUCGACGACGUCGUUCGAGAGCUCGAUUCACAGGACUACAAUGUCAGCAGGCAGAGCUGGCCGUGGAUCAAAACCCAAGAAGCAGGCUUUUCCCACUGCGCUUUGAGAGCAAAAGACGAAUGCAAUUGGGUCGGAUUCUUUGACGUGGAUGAGUUCUUUUACUUCCCGCUCGCUUUCCACCGUGGCGGAGGAGAUUACGGUGUUCCGGGGGAGAAUUCGCUGCGAAAACUAGUUUCAAAUUUUUCAAAUUCAGCCACCAUUGCGGAGAUCAGAACUGAUUGCCACAGCUUCGGCCCGUCCGGGCUGAGCUCUCAACCCCCGCAGGGAGUCACUAUCGGGUACACAUGCCGGCUGCAGAGCCCGGAGCGGCACAAGUCGAUCGUGCGGACGGAGCUGCUCGACGUGACUCUGCUCAAUGUGGUGCACCAUUUCCGGCUGAGAGAGGGGUACAGGUACCUCAGUGUUCCAGAGGGAAUCGCGGUGAUCAACCACUACAAGUACCAGGUGUGGGAGACUUUCAGGGCAAAGUUUUUCAGGCGGGUGGCGACGUACGUGGUGGAUUGGCAGGAGGAUCAGAAUCAGGGGUCGAAAGAUAGGGCCCCGGGGCUGGGGACGGAGGCGGUUGAGCCGCCCAAUUGGCGGCUGAGGUUCUGUGAGGUGUGGGACACCGGGUUGAAGGACUUUGUUUUGGGGUACUUUGCUGAUCCUGUAACUAGGUUGCUGCCAUGGGAGAAGAAGUCUCUUACUUCUGCAGAGUAAAUCACACAGAGCUGCCAUUUGUUUCCAUUCUUUUUUUUACACGUUUUACACACGAAUCGAAUUAAUUACAGGAUUCUCAGAGUGUAAAUUUUGUGACAAUAUCAAAUGAAUUUUUCCUUUGCUUGUAUACAAAUUCAUUUUUCCCAAUCAAAUAAAAUGGACUACGGAUUUUUUCCUC